AUGGUGUUUGGCAACUGCUCAGCAUCCAGCCCAGGAUGGGCGCUAAGAACGUCGAUUGGGGAGUCGCAAGCAAAUUAUCGGGUUGCGAACGGCUGGCAACAAUGUGCCCGGAAUACCACGAUUGACAGGCGCCUCGCCUGGAUGGACUAUGGAGAUUCUGUAAGACUUGUGUUGCCGGACGACCCGUAUGGUGCGACAGGGGCUGGACGACAACAGCAGACGGGUGAACUACAACAAGAGACGGGUGAACUACAACAGGAGACGGGUGAACUACAACAGGAGACGGGUGAACUACAACAGAACACGGAUGAACUACAACAGAAGACGGAUGAACUACAACAGGAGACGGAUGAACUACAACAGGAGACGGGUGAACUACAACAGGAGACGGGUGAACUACAACAGAAGACGGGUGAACUACAACAGGAGACGGGUGAACUACAACAGGAGACGGGUGAACUACAACAGAAGACGGGUGAACUACAACAAGAGACGGGUGAACUACAACAGGAGACGGGUGAAUUACAACAGAAGACGGGUGAACUACAACAGGAGACGGGUGAACUACAACAAGAGACGGGUGAAUUACAACAGGAGACGGGUGAAUUACAACAGAAGACGGAUGAACUACAACAGGAGACGGGUGAACUACAACAGAAGACGGACUAA